GUCUCAAAAAAUGAAAAUAAAUAAAAAGAAAAAGAAAAAAUAUGUGAAAAGAUUUGGGGAAUGGGACACUGGGAUUAGAACCUGGGUUGCCCGAGUGUCUGGAAGGAGUUGGGGGUGUACAAAUGAUCAGGGAAGCUUGGCAGGUUAAUCUUCAGCCUGAAACAAGGCUGAGGAAUGUGUUGAGGUGGCUAAUGAGGUCCAAGGCUGCGCCCCAAACCCAGGUCUCCCCUGCCUCUGUCUCCUAGUCCAUGUGCAGAAUCAACAGAGGCACCGUGGGCGGCUACUUCCUGGCUGGACGCAGCAUGGUGUGGUGGCCGGUUGGGGCCUCUCUCUUCGCCAGCAACAUCGGUAGCGGCCACUUUGUGGGCCUGGCAGGAACUGGUGCUGCAAGCGGCUUGGCUGUGGCUGGAUUCGAGUGGAAUGUGAGGCCCCUUUUUCCCAAUAAUCCCACUUCCAUCGAGAACCCCUGGAAGGGUCACACCUUGGGGAAGCUCCAGGAAAGGAGAAAUGAGACUGGCAGUGGGACUUCUGAACAGAGGGGUGUGGUUGGGCUGGGAGUGGAGGUCAGACAUCCAGCCGGGAGGUAGAGGGGUGCAGGGGUGACCACUGUCGGGGCAGGGCUAGGUCCUGCUCCUGACCCAUCUGAGCCAGCCUGCACCAGCCACUGCUUCUGGGAACCUCCAUCUGCUCCUCUCUGAGUGGGGUGGGCAGCAUCAAAGCCAGGGAAGCACCUGUUCGGAUGUACUCUGAAGCUGUGGUCUGCGAGGAAUUUGGGGCCAAGUUAAAGCCAUUUGCAGAAGUGAGGAGCAGAGACAAAGCUCUGAGACUGUGGCUCCCCUUGGAGGGAUCUGCUUUGAGCUCAGGGCUUCCUGGAGGAGGAGGCCUCUGAGCUGAGCCUUGGGGAGCACAAUGUUUGGGUGGCUUUGGCUGGAGUCAGUCUGAGGGAUCUAUGCUGGGGUUCAUAUCUAGAUGGGGAAACAUAGGGACAACAUUGGGAGAAACAGGCCAGGAGUGAUGGCCUGGAGAGAUAAGGAGAGCUCCAGUUAAGACCAGGAGAGUGUCAGCUCUGUUCCUUAGUGCCCAGGCCCUGGGGCCAUCACCUCAGUUGUCUUUUGGGCUCCAGGUGUGGACCUUCCCAGGGCCACUUGCUUGGAGUAGCGCCUUCAGGAAGAGAAGGUCAGAUCCUCGGGGGUGAGAGCAGAGCCACCCUCAGCGGCUGUGCUGCCCCCACAGGCACUCUUCGUGGUGCUGCUACUGGGCUGGCUCUUUGCACCUGUUUACCUGACGGCAGGGGUCAUCACGAUGCCGCAGUACCUGCGAAAGCGCUUCGGCGGCCAUCGCAUCCGCCUCUACCUGUCUGUGCUUUCUCUUUUCCUGUACAUCUUCACCAAGAUCUCGGUGGACAUGUUCUCUGGAGCUGUAUUCAUCCAGCAGGCUCUGGGCUGGAACAUCUACGCCUCUGUCAUUGCACUUCUGGGCAUCACCAUGAUUUACACGGUGACAGGAGGGCUGGCUGCGCUGAUGUACACGGACACGGUGCAGACCUUCGUCAUCCUAGGGGGCGCCUGCAUCCUCAUGGGUUACGCCUUCCACGAGGUGGGCGGGUAUUCGGGUCUCUUCGACAAAUACCUGGGAGCAGCGACUUCGCUGACGGUGUCCGAGGAUCCGGCCGUUGGAAACAUCUCCAGCUCCUGCUAUCGACCCCGGCCCGACUCCUACCACUUGCUCCGGCACCCUGUGACGGGGGACCUGCCGUGGCCCGCGCUGCUCCUGGGGCUCACGAUCGUCUCGAGCUGGUACUGGUGCAGCGACCAGGUCAUCGUGCAGCGCUGCCUGGCCGGGAAGAGCCUGACCCACAUCAAGGCGGGCUGCAUUCUGUGCGGGUACCUGAAGCUGACGCCCAUGUUCCUCAUGGUCAUGCCAGGCAUGAUCAGCCGCGUUCUGUACCCGGACGAGGUGGCGUGCGUGGUGCCCGAGGUGUGCAGGCGCGUGUGCGGCACGGAGGUGGGCUGCUCCAACAUCGCCUACCCGCGGCUCGUCGUGAAGCUCAUGCCCAGAGGUCUGCGAGGACUCAUGCUUGCAGUCAUGCUGGCCGCGCUCAUGUCCUCACUGGCCUCCAUCUUCAACAGCAGCAGCACGCUCUUCACCAUGGACAUCUACACGCGCCUGCGGCCCCGCGCCGGCAACCGCGAGCUGCUGCUGGUGGGACGGCUCUGGGUGGUGUUCAUCGUGGUAGUGUCGGUGGCCUGGCUUCCCGUGGUGCAGGCGGCGCAGGGCGGGCAGCUCUUUGAUUACAUCCAGGCGGUCUCCAGCUAUCUGGCACCGCCAGUGUCUGCAGUCUUCGUGCUGGCGCUCUUCGUGCCGCGCGUUAAUGAGCAGGGCGCCUUCUGGGGACUCAUCGGGGGCCUGCUGAUGGGCCUGGCACGCCUGAUUCCCGAGUUCUCCUUUGGCUCGGGAAGCUGUGUGCAGCCCUCUGCCUGCCCGGCUUUCCUCUGCGGCGUGCACUACCUCUACUUCGCCAUCGUUCUGUUCCUCUGCUCCGGCCUCCUCACCCUCACGGUCUCGCUGUGCACGGCGCCCAUACCCCGCAAGCACCUCCAUCGCCUGGUCUUCAGUCUCCGGCACAGCAAGGAGGAACGGGAGGACCUCGAUGCUAAUGAGCAGGAAAGCUCCUCACUCCCUGUACAGAAUGGGUGCCCAGAGCGUGCCAUGGAGAUGGACGGUAGGGCACCACGCUGGGAGGUGGGGCUGGGGGAGCUGAGUUCCCACAAACUAAUUGCAGGGCAUUAAUCUUCCCCAGAGUCCCAGGCUCCAGCACCUAGCCACUUCCAACAGUGCCUGCUCUGGUUUUGUGGAAUGAGCAGGGGUGGGGAGGGCAGUCCUCCGCCCCCUACCCAGGAGGAGGCAGAGGCAGCGGCAGCAGCCAGGCAGCUAGAGGACAUCAGCGAGGACCCAAGCUGGGCUCGUGUGGUCAACCUCAAUGCCCUGCUCAUGAUGGCAGUGGCUGUGUUCUUCUGGGGUUUCUAUGCCUAAAGCCAACUGUGUUGGACACCAUAAGCCACAGCCUCACAGGAAGUGGGGGUGAGGAGCCUGCUCUGCUCCCCAGAAAAGGGACAGGGGCAUGGGGUAAGAAGGUCCUGGCUUCCCUUCUCCUGGCCUUCCUCUGCCUGGGGCCCACUGCAUCUGAUUGGCAGUCACUUCCCAUGUGGACCUGGCCCACCUGCCACUGCAGUUGCCCUAAGGAAAAAUAAAGCUGCCUUUCCCUCCCU